CUGACCUUUUCUGCUUUGCUUGGUAUUCAGACCUGUUGCCUAACGACAAAUGGAACAAAUGGGAACCACACAGAGAAUUGCAUUGAUGACCUCCUUGUCAACAAAUUCAACAAAAAUAAAUUCAGCUUGGCAGGCAUGGAGUUGCUAAUUAGGCAGAAGCUGUCAGAUGCUGAGAAUUACCAAGACACAGAAGCUUUACAAGGUACUUAUGAGUUGAUUAAAUCUGCUAAUGAUGGAAAAUCAGCCCUUGAUUCCUCAGAGAGCUUCAGUUCGGACUUGUAUGUUUUGUGUGCAGAACAAGCACUUCAGAUGGGGUUUCUGGAAAUGAGCACUGAAUGUCUACAAAUGUAUUUUAAGGGAAGACCGCCAAUUAACCAGUUUUUGGGUAGAGCAUACUUGUGUCAGAGCCAAUUAUAUACCCCUGUGUCUACUGAUAACUUGGAGCAAUUUGAAAAAUUUGUUACGAGCCUGUUGAAAGCAGUAGAUUUUGCAUUAGGCGAUGAAAGAUACUAUUUUUUGAUAUAUAAUGCUUCAGUUAUUUACUGGAGAAUUAUAAGGCCAUUUUUAAGACCUGGAUUCCGGCAAUUUCUGAUUCCAAGCCUGUCUCGGAUAGUGCCUGCCCUAUAUCAUCCUGAUGAACAAGACAAGGACUGGACAGCAGAACUCAUGAUAGAAUUACUUGAAUGUUUCCUGGAUGCUUCCAGAUCAGAAGAUGCCAUGAUUUUUUUGACUACUGCAGAAGAAUUCAUUAAACAAAAUGUUCCAGAGAGAUAUAAAACACUAUUUUCACUAAUGGUGCGUUACAAUCUAGCAGACCCUGUAGACCUAGAAGAUGAUCUUGAAGAUUUGGUCAAUCUGACAAUCAUUUAUAAAAUCCAGAGAAUUAAAUCGGCAUUGGAUGCAAAUGAGAUUCCAAAAGCAGUUGAUGCAGAGUUGAACCAUAUAUACGAAUUUUUGAAAGAGAAUCGAAGGAAAUUAAAUGCUAAAGAAAAAUUUUCUUUGCUGAUGGAAUUGGCUCGCCUGUCUCUGCGAUUAGACUGUGUACCUGUUGCAUUUUCAUGUCUAUCUGACUUAAGGAACUUUAAUAUUAAAGACCCAGGAAAGCAAAUUGAAUUAGAAUGCUUCGAAUGUGACUAUGAAGUUCAAAAACUUGGGGAUAAAAUUGUAACUUAUGCUAAAAGUGUUGUUGAGGCUCAACUACAAGUAAUACAGAGACUUGAUCUCAUUUUGAUUCGUGCGAUUCGUCUGAAAGACUCCAAUGUUAUUCAGGCAGUGUGCACUACCCAGUGGAACCUCUGUUUGCCACUGCUGCAACACAACUUGCAACAACAUGUACGGAAAUCAUUGCUUGCUAUUGCUGAGAUCCUAGAAAAGAUUGACAGCAUGUUGAUUCUACUACGUUGUCAAGUUCAUAUGGAAAUUGCUCGCAUUGAAGAAAAGGAAGACAGAAUUGAGGCUGCCAUGGAACAUCUUCAAAAGGCCAUCUAUCUUGAUAACAAUGGGCAGUAUAAUGAAUACCUUAAAAUGGCGUUCCAGCGGCUUAAUUUAAAUACCAUUUUGUACAAGUCACCAGAACGCCUAGAAGACCAAGCAAGUUUGAUGGUGGAACAGGCAAAAAAAGGAACAUCAAAAGAUAGCGUGAGGAAAAAACGGUCUUUGUUGGUAAAUGCAGGCCUUGCACUGGCUCCUGAAGCAUUUCAGAUUGUCCUGGAUAGUGAAAAUGAAGCUCGAGUUGCCUCAAGUAAAAGUAAGGGUCAAAUUAGCUACCUCUGUGCAAAAGCUGAGCAUCAUAGCAGAAGUGUACAGAAAGCAGAAGGACACUUAAAGCGAUUGAGAAAUGAAAAUGACAAAGAAAGAAUCAAACUCUGGUCAGAAAUAGCAAAAACAGCACGGAAACAAAGUGUUUGGGAUGUGUGUCGGGCUGCAUGUAGAUUCUGCCUCUUAUAUGAUGACAGCCAAAUGAAAAAGGAGACAAAACCCAAAAAAGUAUUCAAGAAGAAAAGUACAACAGAUGAGGACCCAAAAGAAAGUGUACAAACAGACUCACCCUUUCCCAGAAAAUUAUUCUCUUUGGAAAGAGAUUUACUCAGAACAUUGGCAGAAAUAAGAUUCAUUAAUGCAGAGGCUACUGUUCAUUUGCUAAGAAUGGAAGGCAUCCAACUCAAUGAUCAUGCUGUCCCCCCUGGAGAUGCAGCUCAGCACCCUACAGGACAGUCUGUGCAACUUGAACACGAUUCAGAAUGGAAUACGUAUAGUACCUGGAUCAAUGGCUUGUCUCAGUAUGCUAUGGAAAACUUUCUGCGGGCUGCCAGAAUUGGAGAAGAAUUAAGUGAAGCGUGGAUUGUACACAACACGGUGGUAUAUGUCUUAAAUCACAAUAAGCAUCUGAUUGCUUCAAGAAGACAGAGAGAAAUAGUGGAUUCCCUGCAGAUUCUUUUCAGCGCAAUUAAGAAUACUGGCCACUGUGGGAACACACCUAUUUUGGUGACAUUAUGUAAUGCUCUGGCUCGGGGCCUAAUUCUUCCUUGGAUUCCAAAACCAGUUCCCAAAACUGAUGAAAAGAAAGUUAUAGAAGAAGGACCUACAAAACGUAAAAAACUUCCAAAAGUACAUGAGAAAGCAAUUACCAUGUCAUCCUUGUCUGUGGAUUCAUCAGGGCUCCCUGACAUUAAAGCCGCCUUAGAGGUAUGUGAGUUUGCUAUGAAUUCGCCAAGUGGAAGUGAUGAGCUGGUGCCUAUUGCUGUACGUCAACAGAUUAUUGCUACCUGGGUGAAAGCAAAACAGUUGGUUCAGCAUCAAAUUGGAAGUCGGCAUGGAGCAGAUGAUGAGACUAAUGAUGAGGGUCCAAAUCCCAUGACUAAAGUUUUUAUUGGUCUGGAAAUGUACUCGUGCAGUGGUUUGGGUCUCAUGGAAUUUACGCUUCCCAAUUUGCCUCAGUUGUUCAAAAUGGCUUUAGAAUGCAACUGGUCAGAUUCGCUUGUGGAACUUCAGACACUGACCAGACUUACACACUUUGCACACACUGUUCAUGACCAUGAAUUAGUGAUGACGUGUGCCCAGAAGACUUUGGAAUUAGAUGAUGAAACACUGUACAACACUGACACCAAUAAACAAGGAAUGAAUGAUUACACUGUGAGACAAGAAAUGCUAAGUAUUGCUGCUUGUACACAAGGGAAGAGUAUAAUGGAAAACUUGGCAGGAAAAAAACAAUUACGUUUAGUAGCAUCAAAAUCCUUUGUUAAAAGUGCAAGUUAUGCAGCGGCAGCAGGGAAUCUUGGUCUUGCAGUGAUAGCAAGUAGACACUUCUGGAAUGCAUGUUUACCUUUCAUUUGUUCUGCAGUAGACAGAAAACAGCUUAAAAACCCCACUGAAAUCAUUCUCAAAAACAUCAUUAAAGCAACAGAAGCCAAAAAUAAGCAGGGAAGAGAAGAUUUGGUAUAUUUGCAUCAAUGGCCUACAGCUGAAUUUCAAAGCAGCAGUGUGUCAGAUGGGCAUUUUUAUCCAGGUGCAGAUGAGGAUUUGACACUAAGAACGUUUUUGUAUGUAUUAUUAUUCCAAGUGUAUGCUGAUCAAAAUGAUUGGGAAGCAGGGCUUAAAGUGUUAGAUGAAGCUGUUCAGAUUCUUCCUCGAACUAAGCACAGACUUCCAAUUUUCAAACAUAUGUUAUUGGUGAAGGCCAGACUUGGACGUAACUAUAUAAUGGAAAUUCAGAAAUUCAAAGAUGAAAGUGAGGACUACCUAUCCUAUAUGUGGCAUCGUCUGGCACUAGUGUCAUCAGACCUUGUGGGAAAGUUGUCCUGUUACCAGAAUGCAAUUGAAGUUUUACAGAAAAAAGAAUUUGAAUUAAAGAAAAUUGAUAAACUGCUAGAAUUUGCAGAAUGGCUGUACUGCAAUCAGUUUCCUGUUAGUGAAGCCAUUAAACACAUGGACUGGGCAAUAAAUAUUUUGCUCUAUCUGAAACCCAUAACAAAAAGCCCUGAUGAUGAAGAUACAAACAACGGAAUCACAUUUGGAGAUUUAAGAAACAUUAAACAAUUAGAAGCUUUGUUUAGAGCUCAUACAUUAAUGGCUGUCAUUUCUGGACAUGGUUCCCCUUCUCAUGAGCAGCACUGUUUGAUGGCAUACACUUUCGUGAUUCGCUUAUGGCAGGUUGCCUUGUCAUCGGCAGGAUCUGUUUUGAAGGCAUCAGCCAAAGCCUCCCCACCACAAGUAGUCACUCCCAAAAAACAAGGAAAAAAGGAUGCAAGACAAAGUUCCUCAGCAAGCCCUCCUAGAAAAGACAAAUCCUCUGUUAAGCAGGUUCAGUCAGUCACAAAAGAGAAACCUAAACGGAAAGGACCAAUAGAAACCUUACCAGCGAAUGUAGAGGAAUGGGCUAGCUAUGACUGCCCUGAUGAAAUCAGAGAUAUCUUUAAACAAGACUCAAGUAGCUAUUCUCUGAGCAGCUACAACAUUUUAGCUCCUACACGCACUUUAUAUUAUUUAGACCUGUUAGUUAAGGAGCUACAGACAAUUUUAUGUAUUCACUUAACUCUUCCAGUUCUUCAUUUGGCUGAAGUGAUCGCUCAUGAUGUCAUCGAAAGCAAAAGUCUGUCAGAUCUCUACCAUCUUCGACUCUCUGUUGUGUGUUUAGAUUUAAAAUUGUAUCAAGCAUCAAUUUAUCAUGAGAAGGCAGUGGGUGAAGUAUUCAUUAAUGAAGUAGAACAAGGAAGAUUUAGGCAAGAGAUGGCACUGAAGAAGGAGAAAGACAUACAGACUAAACAGGAAGAAAAUAUAUUAUUUGAGUGUACACAGCCAAGUGAUAGUAAUCAGUGUAAAAAAAUAGUUACUGCAAAAGAACAGAUCUUGGAACUAAACAGUCUGGGGGGCAAAGGCCUAAGUGGCCUUUCUUUACCAUACCUGUGGAUGGACAAAGCAGAAGUCCUAGUCCAGCUAUGUUUAUAUCAGUCAGCAAGACUUCUGCUUUCAGAAGCAUACCAAGCAGUCCAGGAAAUGAACAACCCGUGUGCUGUAUCACGGUGCCUUUAUCUUCUAGCUGUGCUAGGUAACUUGGAGAAGAACCAUGGGCAAUCAAAAGCACUGCUCGAGAAGGCACAACUGAUAGGAGGAAAUGACAAUUUUUGGUACAAUAGCACUUUGUGUCUCACAGAUGCAAUUUUAGGAGAAGAUAAGGAGAGAAAAGAGAAAAUGAUGCAAUCUUGCCAGCUUUUGCAAAAAACUGUAAAUGUCAUGAGACCACUGUUGGUAGAGAGACCUAACAGAGCAUCCAAUCUAGGUGCAAUAAUUGCACAUCUUGAAGCCAGGAAAGCAUACAUUCAGAUAGAUUUUGUCCAGGGUGUCAUCAAUACCUGUUCUCAGUCUGCUGAGUUGGCAGGAAUGCUACUGGAACCUUAUGAUAAAUUGAUACACAUUGAGAAGGACUUCCUGUGUUAUGGAUAUAAGGACUGUAGUGCGGAGGCCUUGAUGGCACGUGCAAAUAUUCACAGGAUGCUUGGUAAACAUUCAUCAUACACUAUAGAUAAGCAGAGUCAUUACCUAGAUGCAUUCAGAUUAGCUCAAGAAGCAGUAUCCCAAGUGGAAGAGCUUUUUUGGCACAUUAAUAACUUGCUUCCAUGUAAUGAGGCUAGAAAUGUUAACAUUCCAUUGAUGAGAAGGCUUGCUAACAUGAAGUUGAGCCUUGUGGAGAUCCUUUUGGACAUUUUUGUUCUUAUCAACACUGAGAAAAAAAAGAAAGAAGCAGGAGCAGGACAAAUUGAGCAAAUCAUUGAAGACUUUGUAAGAUUUACGCCAGAUGCUGCUACUGUGGAAUGGGCAUGGCUAACCUUAGGACAAACUAUUAGCCAUAAUACCCAGGCUCAACUAACAAGUCUACAGAGUCUCUAUACAGGAUGUCCUGAUAUCAAAGCCAAAUACCUUCAUCUCACUGGGAGAUUUCUGCGUUUGCUUGCUGACCGAACACACCCCUUCUCUUCAGAUAUUUUCUGGUGUGAAAAUACAGUGGAUGAAGCUAAAGUUAAAUCUGUGAAAUCUAUCACAGUAGCAGAAGCAAAACCAGUUGACAGUAAAAUAGCAGUUGGUACUUUUUCGCUUUCUAAAAAACAGCUUGAUGAGGACAAAAGAAAAGCAAUUGAAUUAAAGAAGAGACAGGCUUGGACCCAGAAAUACCUUUGUCAGUCAACUGAAGUUUUGCUACAGUGCCUUAAUGUUGCAAUUAACAAUAACAUUGUUAACAUUCUGGCUGCUGCUAGUCUGGAAAUGUUGGAGUGUUUAGGACAAUUUGACACACUUUCAGCAAGCCAGUUCUUGGCCCUUUAUCAGAGCUGUUCGGCAUCAUUGAUGAUGAAAAAUAUCCUGCUGUCAGCUACCUGGAAUACUAAUAGUUCACAACUGUCAGCAAUGUUGCAUCUACAGCACCAUCUAGAACAAAGAGGAGAUACAACAAGCAGUCUCCUAAAAAAUGUGGAGCAGAGGUUAUCCACUAUCUCAAAGGCUUGGGGAAACCUCUGUGUUUCUAUACAACACUUUAAUAUCAUGAAUGAAUUGCCACCAAAUUUUCACGUGAUCAUUCUCCAGCAUUCAGAAGACAGAUCUCUCUUGUAUGGUGCAAUUCUUGAGAAAGUAAAAUUAACCAGUGCAAAAGAUUUGAGAGAACAGAAGGAAAAGGGAGGGCAGCAGAAAGACAAGAGUGGGCAGCAGAAGGAAAAGGGUGGGCAACAAAAAGGAAAACCUGCUCAACCUACACUACAGGCUAAAGUUGCACAGUCCCCUGUGAAUUCUGAGGCAUUCUGCAAUUUGUUGGAGAAGGUAAAGUUUUUCAAAGAGGAGAAGAUGAAAAAUCUUCUAAAGAAAAUAUCACUAACAAAUCUCCAGGAAGACAAAAAAGGACAAACAUCAGACAUCAAAUUAGAUAUGAGCAUAGAAGAAGAAUAUUUUACAUCAGAAUUCCAGGCUAUAUUAAAAGAUAUGGAAGAAUAUGUGAAGCCUGUAUUGUCGCAGUUUGAUUUCUCUGAGCUGAGACAGCUAAGUCCAGAAGUUUCUCCAUCUGUCUCAGUAAAAUCCAAAACUGCUGACUUAGUCAAGCCAAAAUCUGCUGACUCAGGAAAGUUCAAAACAGGAAAAGAUGAAAAAGGUGACUCAAGAAAAAAUAAAGUAAAUGAGUCAGGGAAACAAAAAAACAAAAAUAAGGAGAAAAGCAGUGCAACUCAAGCUGGUACUGCAGACAUGGGAGAAUGUAUGAUACUACUGGCAGAUAAAUAUCUCAUGGAGCUACCUUUGGAAGCUUUGAGUAUUUUUCAAGAAGAAGCAAUAAGUUCUGUGUCCAGAGAUUUUUCUCUCCAGCUUUUGUAUAACCGUAUACAUAAAGAAGAAUCGGAAAAUGAAGUGAAAAAGGAUGCAAAGGGUGCAAAAGAGUCAAAACAAAAAAGUGAUUGUAAGAAGGGCAAACAGUUGACAAUUAACCGGGUUCUGCCGCCCAACUGCAUUUCAGUGGAUGUACAUAAUGUUAAAUAUGUUGUUGAUCCUUACAAUGAUGUGGGAGAAACAGAUCCAGAAAGUCCUUCACAAGCAUUUAAGUCAAUCCAAGACAAAUAUGAGCAAUUUACAUUUUGCUGGGAUGGAAUUUUUGGUAGCAUGCACAUUCCAAGUCAAGCUGAAUGGGAAUACUUAUUGAGUAACUGCAGUGCAUUUCUAUUCUCUGGAACAGCAAAGUUCUUCUCUCAUAUGUUUCUGGACAGACUGGCUGCUAUGAACAUCCCAGAAUGUCAGAUCAUGAUACUUCUAAAUCUUGUACUUACAAAAGAAAGCAUCGCACGGGUGUCAAAUCUUGAUGAAGAUAAAAGUUCUUUGCGCCUGUCUCUGGGGAUGCCAGCUGAUACAGCCAUCAUUCUGAGCCUUACUGGAGUGCAUUCCAUCAUAACCAAUCAAUGGUGUACUACCAUGGGAAAGAAUGCAGAAAGACUAGAAAACCUGUGUGAGAAUUUGUUAAAAAUAGGCAAAACAACUGGACAGACUAUGCGUGUUCUUCAAAGAAAUAAGACGGCCAUCGAAGAAUCAUUAAAAGUGGUAUCUCCUGAAGACAAGAAAGAAGAACAGAUUGAAAUGAAAAGUUCUGAUGAGCUAAGUUGUCCUGUGAUGCAACCAUCAGACUUUAAUACUGUUUUAUAUGGGCUGCCUAACAUGGUGUUUAUGUAAUCACUUGGUGGAUUUUUAUACUUAAGAGGAACUAGUUAAGUGUAAAGUAAAAAUACUUCUGUUGGAGGUUGUUAGAAAUGAGAGUUCACAAAAAUUUGAUCUAUAGCCAAUAACUCUUUUUAAUUUAAAUAUUGUCAUUCAACCAAACCUCUCGAAAGGAUUGUUGUUGUUGUUUGCUGUUGUUUGCUUUUUCUGUUGCUCUAGAUUUCUUCACUAUUUUUUUUUUGUGAGGAGGGGGAUUCUAGGGCUUACAAAAUUAAAGACAAAAUUGAAGUGUA